AUGCCCACCUGCAGGCGCAAGCGCGUGCUCCUCACCGAACCGUCCCCCGUCCUCCUCGAUGCGCUCAAGCAUGAUCCGGCCAGGGAGGUCUUCUACCUCGCGGAGACCGGCGAGAUAUUCGACCACUACGAAGCCUAUGCCGCCCGCAUGUCCUUCUACAGGCUCAAACAGUUCCAGUGCGAGGUCACUGGCAAGAGCGGCCUGGACUACUUCCAGGCCCUAGAAAGCGAGCGACAGGAGGCCCGUACCAUGCACUCCAGAUUCCCGGACCAGCUUAAGGCUGCCGUGCUCAAAGCAGUCCAGUGGCAGGUCAUGGGUCGUUUAGACCACCUAGUAGAGGCUGUGUACGACCGCUUCAAAGACCGGUACUACCCUGACGAGAAGGUUUAUGUGGACAUACAAGGCGACAAGUAUCUCGUGCGCGUUAUUGAGGUCUCUGCGCAGGGCUCCGCCGCGCCUCCCCAGAGCCCCGUCCCUGUCGCGUCAACAUCCACCGCCUCAUCGCCACUGUCGUCAGAUGUUCCAACACCAAUACACAAAGUUGCAGAAGACCUCAAGAUCCCCGUCAAAGACUCCAUUGCUAUAGACGAUCCCGUGAAGUACGUCUACAAGGUCCAAGUGCUUGAAGAGGAGAAACAACCUGGUUUCGCUCGGACAGCGGAGAAGAACAAGGGCAAGGAGUCGGGUCGAGGACAGUGGAGUGGUACAUUCAUGGACGUCAAAUGUGCUGCAAUGGGCCGAGACCGCCUAGCCUUCUCCAAGUCUAUAUUGCGACGGUUCAUCCGUGAUUGUGUCGACCGCGAUGCCGCUGUCGCUUCUCCCUGGACUGUCAAGCCUGCAAUUGCUGCGCGAUACGGCGUCAGCAGCGUCAUGCCCGAUGACAUCAGAAAAGGCGUAGAAACAUUGAAGAAGGGCGAGAUUGACAAACGUAAGAAGGUCUGGGAGGAUAAGGAAGGUCCUGCAGCGAAGAAGCGGAGGCAGAUGGCGGAGGAAAAAGCCGAGAGAGAGAAAGCCGUCGCCGAGCAGCGGCAGCGUGAAGAGCGUGAGAGGGUUGAGCAGCAGCUGAAGGCGAAAGAAGAGAACGAUCGUCUGACAGACAAGAAGAAAAAGAAACCAAUUCGAUAUCCAACAGAAGACUUGGACGUAGUGCUCGGUGAUAAAGAGAGACGUGCAGGCAUGAAGGUAAAGAGACCCGCUCCCAGCAAGCUCGCAAUGCCUUGUGGAGACGACCCGGAAACCAAUGCCCACUUCCUCAUGUCCUACAACUUCCUGGUCGUUUACGGUCAACCGUUACACAUGUCAACCUUCACGAUGGACGACUACGAGGCCGCACUUCGGCAUUCGGCCAUUGAACCGCGUUGUCAGUUGCUCGCCGAAGUCCAUGCCGCGCUCAUUUAUAACCUGCGCACCGUCCCAUUCAACCGACAUAGCGCGGUCAUGUCAUUGGUUGCUCUGAAAGAGGAAGAAGACAUGCAGAGCGAAGUAUUUGGUAUCACUAUCGACGAUCUUACGACCGCAAUGGCUGACGUUGGCAACAACUGGGAACGUGCACCUCUGCGACAUUCAGAAGGCCGUGAAGGCUGGGAGGAGUCAUUGAUUGGCUGCCUCAAAGACCAUGCGACGGUCGAGAAUUUCCCUCGUCUACGAGAAAUUCUGACGCGUCUCCUCUUCGCCCCAGAAGAGUCUCAAGAACCAUCUGGUUCUGCCGCCCCAACACCAACUACCAGCCCGACGCCCCCUCGCCUCACAACGCCGACCGCACCCAGUCAGCUGUACCACAAGCUCCCGCACAAGGACCGUAUCGCUGUCAUCGCUUUUAUGUGCAACCUAGCGAUUUCCAGCAAAGCCAUCCACGCUCACAUGGAAUUUUGCGAAGAGCAGCUCACUGCAUUACGAAAAGAGAAGAUCGAGGUCAACCGCACCAAGAAACAACAGUGCGCCUGUCAGCCCUCGCUUCGCAUAUUGCUAACUGACCGAUGCCCGAUCAAGCCUCGAGGACAUGGCGCGCUGCAAGGCGAGCACAAGUUCGAGAUCAACGGGGACGGCGACACCAUCAUGCGCGACUCCUCCGACCUGUCCGACGCGCCCGGCUCGGAAAACGAGCAGUCUCGCGCUCCCCGGCGGACCGCCGCGAAGGAGCGUGAGCUCGCGCGCGCGAAGGCCUCCUCGGUGAAGCAGGCGGUCGCCGAGCACCGUCGGCUCGACGAGGAGGUGAACAAGCUCGAGCGGCGGCUCGAGGGCAUCGAGCGCGAAUUCCGCAAGCUCCUCGGCGCCGUGCGCGUCAAGCCAAUCGGCCGCGACCGGUUCUACAACCGUGUGUGGUGGUACGACGGCAUGGGCGCGGCGUCGCUCAUCGGCUCGGGCGGCACGGUGCAGUACACCACCGGGCGCAUCUUCAUCCAGGGCGCGAGUGAGUUCGACCGGGAGCUGUUGAGCCGGAGGGACGAGAACAUCGAACAGCGGCGGCUCGUCGAGGAGGGGCCGGAGGGUAUGCUGGGCUCGAACGACUGGGCAGUGUACAAUGACAUAGAAGAGGUUCAGGAGUUCAUGGCAUGGCUGAACCCGAAAGGUGUCCGCGAGUUGAACCUGAAGAACGCGCUCACCAAGUGGUGGAACCACAUCGGCCCUGGCAUGCGUCGACGCGCGGCGGAUCUCACCGCGAACGCCAAGAUCCCCGAGGCCCGCCGCAGCGCACGCAAGAGUGCCGGCACGGAGCUCAUGCGCGAGCCAUACAUGCAGUGGACGAACCGCAAGGCCGUCAACGGGCAGUGA